AUGAUCGCCGACGGCGGCGCCCACGAGGCGGGCCAUGACCAGCAGGACUCGUCCCCGCCGACCCGCCACGCCGGCGACGCCGAUCUCAAAGAGGAUGACCCCCUGUUCAUGUCGGUCGACUUCCGGAUGUACUGCUACAAGGUGCUGCCGUGCGCCAAGCGCUUCUGCCACGACUGGUCCACCUGCCCCUUCGCCCACUUCUCGGAGCGCGCCAAGAGGCGCGAUCCCCGGGGCGUGAAGUACACGGCGAUCGCCUGCCCCGAAAUGAAGAAGGGAGAGGACUGCCCUCGCGGUGACAAGUGCCCCUACGCGCACAACGUGUUUGAGUACUGGCUGCACCCGACAAGGUACCGUACCCGUAUGUGUCGCGACGGCACAUCCUGCAACAGGAAGGUGUGCUUCUUUGCUCACAAGCCUGAUGAGCUGCGUGUGCCUUCCUGCCGACCCUCACUCCCUGUGACCGACGACUCCUGGGAUGGGUUCAGCAGCGAAGAUUCUGGGGUGGCCGAAGCAGCAGAUGAGACGACUGUCAAGGAAGUAGAUUCAGGAAACAGUGCAGCUCACAGGAGGGCACUCUCUGUGCCAAUGGAGUGCUUGGCUGGACUCUCAGGGCAGGCAACAGACCCUUUUCAAGUGGACCACCGCCCACAUAGAGCCUACUCAAUGUCGGAGAGCCAGUUGGGUGAGCAGCAGUGCAAUGCAGGCAAUCAGUUGCCGCAGCCGCCGGCAGCUGCUGACGGCGAUGCUGAGAGUUUGACCCGCGCCCUGCUGGCCAACCUGUCACUGUCCUCUUUGCCCGAGGCACCACAAUAUGGCCAGUCUGCAACAAUGCAGCCCCUGCCCCACACCCCCAGCAUCAGCUUUGCAGCUGCCAAUCCUGCAGUCCUGCCGAUGAUGGCAGGCGCCAGCCCCCGCGCCUUGUCCAUGGGUCUUCCCUGCCUGGCCAACGGCCAAGUCGUCGACUUGCAGGGCAUGGAUCCCUACAGCCAGAGCGCAGGGCUCCUGCAGGCGAUGCAUGCACUGCCGGGUGAGGUACAGGGAGUCGCACCAAACGUGCAGAUCGAUGGUGUGGGGAACGUGGGUGCCUAUGGCGUGGAGGACCUGCUUCAGGCGCUGCUUACGCUGCAGUCACAGCAGCAGUGUGGCAUUCCUGCAGGUUCCCCUGGGGUGGAUGCCACUGGCAGCUUCGCAGAUGCGGCAUCACUGCAAAACAAUUGGCAUGGCAUGCAGAUGGGCGCAGCAGGCUUUGGGAAUACGCUCUUCCCCCAGUCUCUUGAGCCGCAGGGGGUCUCUGGACUCCUCUGA